UUAUUAAGAUUAAUAAUUUUAUUUCUUAUCUAUUACCGACAUACAUAUGUUCUGAUACGAUUUGACGUAAUAUAAAUUUUAUCUAGAAAUUGUAGAGAAUAAGUCACCAAACUUUCCAGAAUCGCGCGCAUAUUCUUUGAUCAAUAUUGACCCGAUUAUUACCCACUUUAAUCAAAUUAACUAGCAUUUAAUUCUUUUCUAAUACUUAAUAUUCAACAUUAAAUAUUUUUAUAAUUAAUACAUUAAUAAUCUAAAAGUUUUCUUAACUUCUGUUUGAAGAGAGAAAAGUUAACUGAAAGCGAAAUAAAUAAAGUCAGGUUUUUUUAUUUAUUUUUUAUCCCCUUUAGAAACCUAUCGCUUUUAGCAGUAAAGGUCUAUCAUGUUGUAAUGCUUUAUGUCGAUAACUUCUUCUCACAGUCACACGACCAACGUGUUCUUUAAGAUAAGUAUAAGUAACGUGCUGCUGUGCGUCUAGCAUUAGAUCUGUUAUCACAUAUCAUUGCACUUGCACAUACGAAUCUUCUAAAAUAGUCAGGUCACGUGGUCGAUCCCGCCAGUUUACAGUCUGCACAUGCGCGUAAAAGUGCUCACAUCUCCAUCUCACCUGUCACAUGUGUGCGCAUGUGACGAGAUUGGGAUUUUACUCUUUCGUUGUGCCGAUGAGACUUUACCUCGUUUCAAUAUAAAACUUGUAACAAUAUAAUGCAAACACGCGUACAAUAUAUAAAAUAUUAAAGAAAGACAUCAUUAGAAGUUAGCAAUAAUAUGUCAGUUGCUUAAAUGACUAAGCUUGCUGCGCGAGGUUAUCUGAGGAUGCAUAACACGUAUGAGACGAGAGUGAAACAAGGCAGUAUACCUUGUUUAUGUACGGAAUUGAACCUUGCUCUCACGUUGCACGGUGGCCAGAGUUUCAGAUGGACAGUUUGCGACUCUGGAUACAGAGGUAUCUUCAAAGGAUACAUUUGGACUUUGUCUCAAAAUAAAACCCAUCUCUUAUAUACUGUGCAAGGACAAUUAAAGGAUUCUGUAGACUAUGAUAAUAUUCUGUCUGAGUAUUUUAGGCUGUCAGUAUCGUUAAAAAAACAUUAUAAAGAAUGGGCAGAAGCAGAUACACACUUUCAAAAGUGUUUAGAUGAAAAUAAUGCUGUUCGAAUAUUGAAGCAAGAUCCCGUAGAGAAUUUGUUCUCGUUUAUCUGUAGCUCCAAUAAUAAUAUAUCGAGAAUAUCAAAUAUGGUUGAAAAAUUGUGCUCAUUAUUUGGUCGUAAAAUAUGUUCGAUUGAGGAUAAAGAUUAUUACGAUUUUCCAACGAUAGAAGUUUUGAAAGAACAAAAUGUAGAAAGCAUAUUAAAAAGAGAAAAAUUCGGCUAUCGUGCUGCGUACAUAGUUAAUGCGGCAGGGCGUUUAUCAGCAUUGGGUGGAAAGGAUUGGCUCCUAAAUCUACAAAGGGAGAACGUUUCUUACCACGCUGCCAGAGAACAACUGAUGACCCUGCCAGGAAUUGGUCCUAAAGUUGCUGAUUGCAUAUGUUUAAUGUCACUAGGCCAUUUAGAUGCUAUACCUGUUGAUACCCAUAUUUUCCAAAUAGCACAGGCAAAUUACUUACAGCAUUUAAAAAAGCAAAAAACAGUUACACCAAAAAUUCAUACUGAAGUAAGUAAUUAUUUACGAGAAUUAUGGGGUCCGUUGGCUGGAUGGGCACAAGCUAUUGUAUUUUCCACAAAAAUUAAUGAUAAAUCUAAAUCAACUGGGAAGCAAAAACGCAAGAACAGCGAUAACAAAAAUUUAGUACAAGCAAAAGUACUUAAGGUGGUAUGAUCAUUAUGAAAUCGUGUUUAUUUUCACAAACAGUAGAUUAUGUAAAACAAUUUUAUCCAAGUCUGUAGAAAAAUCGUAUUUUAUUAAUUGCC